CUGGCGAGGCGUUCCAGUUCCCGCAAAGAACGGGAACGCAAAUCAACGACCCGCCACCGACAUACGACGCCGGUGUGGUCGAUCAUUCGCGUGCUUCACCAACGCGACCCGUCCACCCCAGCGCCCAGGACCGAAAAUGGCGCAAUCAACUUGUCGCAGCCACCUGACAGACGGAAAGCCCGCCCGCACACAGAGGCUGGGAAAACCAGCCGAGUCUGUCCACGUUAUUGAGGGGAUAAGGUCCAGUUGGCCCAGACUACGUGGCCGCCUCUGUGGGGCGAUAUAGAGAACGUUGUCGCGAGAGAUCCGCCUCGUGCCGUGAGCAGCAGCGGCAACGCACUCUGACGUCCUUCAAUAUUUGGCCAGAAGAGCCUCAUCCGGUGCCACGUGGUGCUAAGGUCAAGACGGUGCAGUUCCAUUGGGCGAGCAAAACAGCCUGGUCAGGCCAAAACUCAACACGACACCCGAGUGAUUUCUGCGAUGGCGAUGCGUGUGCUGCUUUCCCCGACCGGAACGCCGCCGACGACCGGCAUGCGCAUACAAACCUUGAUCGACGAGAUGGAGCAGGCGAAGCGCGCGGUGGAAUCAAAGCAUGCUCAACCGGCGCCGAUAUCGCGCGCAACAAAAGACAACCAAAGACCAUCUCGAGCGAUCGAUCGCGACACUGCGCACGAACGUCGCGCGCAUGGAAGGGUCAUUGGAAGGCAUGCGACUCGCGGUCCCGCUCCCGUUGCGAACAUUUGAGCCCGAGCGCAACGUCUGCCACGAGUAAACUUUCGCAUGUUCCGGCACGGGUUUUGCCCGACUCCGUCCAAUACGAACCACCGCGUCCACGUUGACUUUUUGUCGUGCAUCAUGCGCGAAGACCUCGAGUUCAUGGGCGCAAUCGGGCGGCGAAAGCUGUUGGAGCAAUGGACUGUCUUUAUGAACACGUUUGAUUCGUUCACGAUGGAGCUGCUGCAUCACGACGUUGUGGCAUUCGCCCCGAAUGUCGUCGUCCACGCCGAUACGAUGCUGCACCUGCGCCUAUCGCGCGAAUCCGUUCGUGUGCUCGUUCCCGGCGCCCUGGGCCACGAGCCCCUUGUGCAAAAGAUGCUUGGAAAUGUCCUCGAGCUCCCCCUGCACCUCCGCUUCGUCUUUGACACGAAUUGCGUCGUCCACGAGCUUGGCACGUUCGCCAACACAAUUGACGCCCUGGUCAAGCUCCUGGGAAACUUCGACGAUACGCUUGCUGUUCCAGAUAUCCCAAGAUGGUCAAGUUCCUGCCCGGUAGCGUGCGACACAACCAUGCGAGGUGGAGUGUAGGCAGGGUCAUGAUGUCCACAGCAACGCAUUAAUGGAGGCUCAAUCACGCAAACGUUUGGUGUUCAAUCGACCACGAACAUCGCAGGCAAGCCGUCGAUCCGGGCGACGUGUUCGUGGUCCUGUGGCCAACACACAUGCCCGAGCCAUACCGCACUCCAAGGAACUCGGAGCUGCAACCAUGGCGAAAUGUGUGAACACCCCGCGGCGACACGCGCGCAAUCAACUUUUCGCGACUUCGGCAACGUGUGCGAUGUCGAUGGCGGUGUACGUGAGCGCCACACGGUGCCAAACGCGCCAACGUUAUGGCUCCAAACGAAUGCAUGCAUUGUGACAACGUCCGCUGUGGGAAACUAACGUAUAGGGCGCCGCCAAGCGCGCGCGAGCCAUCACCUGCGAUGGACAUCCAGUGACGAUGUUGUCAACGGCCCCCGCAUGGAGUGCCGAGGCACCCCAUCGCCAAUCACAUGGCUUCCGGACCUUUUUCCGCCUAGAGAAGAUACGUAGUUUGGAUGUUGAAGCGACACGAGGGGACAAUGGCGCCGCGCGUGAAAACAUCGUCGCCCACCACAGCGCAGUGGACGUUGGCGACAUUUCCCUCGCGGUGCUUUGCACGGGUGCAAGUGCACAUGCUCUCGUGAUGUUGGGAUGGAGUCGCGAGGUAUUCCGAUGAAGCCGAGAAACCCAAACGACUGCAGUCCUGACUUCCCUCGCUAAGUCGAACGGCACAAAGUGAAUAAUCUCUGAAAGUCAAUAUAUAAAGUUGGAAAGGCAA